AUGGUCAAUCCUGAGUUUCUACCAAAAACCAAAGCACCACCGGGCCACCUCCGAGCACCGUGGGACGGCAUCGCGGCGUGCUUCGGCGUCUCAUUCAGCGUCCGGCAGACGGUGCGCAAGAGUCGCGCGAUGAAGGUGCUCCGUCACGCGCUGACGGCGGCGUUGCUGCUGGGCAGCGCUCGCGCGUCCAACGAGACCUCCACCGACGCCUGCGAGCCCUUCCUCUGGGGCUCGCUGCUGGAAGACUGGGCCACCGCGCCGGGCUCAACCGGGAGGCAGGGUCGGGUAAUGUCUCUGCCGCCAACCAAGGGUUACUACGUGUCGGAGCGCAUGGACCUGAUGCCGCCGCCGCCGCCCGCCCUCCAGCAGGGCCCGGCCUACGCGCCCUACGACGAGUGGCAGGCCGCGCCGCCCGCCCCGGGGCCCGAUGGCAAAAUCGUCAACAGGCCCCCCAACCCCUAUAAGGACAAGUUCAAGCCCAGCUAUCCGCCGCCGUCUCAAAACCUGCCCAUACCUCUGCAGCAGCCUCAGCCACCGCACCAGCAGCAGCUAUACCAGCAGCCGCCGCAUCAACAGCAGCAUCACCAGCAGCCAUCAUACCAGCAGCAACAACACCAGCAGUCGCCACAUCAGCAGCCACCACACCAGCAGUCGCCGCAUCAGCAGCCACCAUACCAGCAGCCGCCACACCAACAGUCGUUACACCAGCAGUCGCAAUACCAGCAGCAGCAUCAGCAGCGGCCGGCCGCGGACCGCGUGGACGCGCCAGCGACGCCGCCCAAGCAGGUGUCGGAGACGGACCUGUACCUGCUGACGGCCAUCGAGAAGCUGGUGUACCGCGUGGACCUCAUGGAGAAGCGCCUGCGCAAGCUCGAGGACGCCGUGCACUACCUCGUCGUCGGCAAGGACACUAAGCCAGAGCCGUGCUCGGCUAACUUCACGCGCGUGGGCGCGGGCUGCUACCAUUUCUCGGGCGAGGCGGGCGACUGGAAGGCGGCCAGCCUGCGCUGCCGCAAGCUGCGCGCGCACCUGCUCGAGCUCGACUCGGCCGACGAGAAGCGCGCCGUGCUCUUCUCGCUGCUCGCCAACAAGAAGCUCAAAGGCACGGACUGGUGGACGGGCGGGCUGAACCCGGGCCUGCUGUGGAUCUGGUCGCACUCGGCGCGGCCCGUCGCGCACAACGCCACCGCCGGCAACGCCACCAUCGUGGGCGAGGGCCGCUGCCUGGCGCUGGUGCACGAUCCUGCCCUGGCCACGUAUGCGUACCGCGGCCAGGACUGCUCGCUGCGGCACCACUUCGUGUGCGAGCUGCCCGAGGACAAGGCCAGGCUCAGCAACGAGAUCGAGCGCGUCUCGCGGGAGCUGCGCGCCGUGGGCGGCGGCGCCCGGCAGGCGAAGGUCGCGUGGGCCGAGCGCCUGGCUAGUUUAUAGAGGUAAGAGUUCAGUCUUGAGUAAAUAGCAUCGACUCUGACGUCUAUUUUGUCUAGCUGUAGUUCGUCUAAAGCCUAGUCCGUGAGCACGUAGUUUUGUCCAAUGACCCCAAGCUACCCAUCCUUAUCGCUCGCGCGUAAUAUAUUGCUGUCGCGACUGUGCGACGGGCGCCCGCAGUGAGUGUGCGAGCGUGACAGCAACAUAAUUACGCGCGAGCGAUAAGGAUGGGUAGCUUGGGGUCAUUGGACAAAAUUCUAGGUGCUCACGGACCACGCUUUAUUUUUGUCUCGAUAUUGUCGGACCUGUGGAUUUUCAUUGGCGAUGUUCUAUAUUAAUAUUUUAGAUGUUGUGUAGCCUGACCUUGAUAAAGUAUUUAUUUAAUUUAUG